AAUCAAAAUUUUGAAUCUUAUCAAUGUUUUAAAAAAAAAAAAUUUCUAGCAGAGGGUAUGUUCUCAUUGUGUUUUUUUCUCCUAGGGUUGGGAGUUAUUUUCUCCUAGAGUUGGGAGUCAUUUUCAGAUCUCAUUGCUAUGGCGGCUCCUAGUGUCACUGAUCUCACGACGACGUUGGGUGAGCGGUUAUCCAUGACUGCUGAUGAGGAGGUAACGCUGAACCUUGAUGAUGGUAGUGGUGUGGAUCCUGCGGGGGGUGGCUGGAGGGGAUGCCUCGUCGGUACUGUGUUGAUAAACAAACGGUACAACAUGGAAGCUAUGGAGAAUACACUUGCGGGUGCCUGGAGGCCGAGGGUGCUGGCGGUAGGGCCAUGGCGUUUUGCAAACCAUGUCAUGGUACUAAAGGAGGCAAAGGAAGGGCGUCAGCUAGCUAGGGAGGAGUUGUAUGAAGUUCCUUUUUGGAUCCAGAUACAUGGGCUACCUCCAGAUCGGAUGACAGCAAGAACUGGGAGUCGAGUAGGGGAGGCAUUGGGACGGCUUGUUAAGGUGGAUGAUGGGGGUGGCAACGCUUGGGGCGUGGAGUAUAUCCGAGUCAGAGUCUUUAUUGACUCUAGGAAGCCGCUAAGGUGUGGCAUGAAGCUCACACUGAGGGAAGGACCAAUUUGGGUCGAUUUUCAAUAUGAGCAAUUACCAAACUUUUGUUUUUGCUGUGGUAUGUUAGAUCAUAUCGAGAGGGAUUGUGAAUUAGGUUUGGAGAUGGAGAAGAUGGGUAUAGCAGAACGCCCUUACAACGAGAAAUUACGGGCUAUACCAAAGCACCUGCAGCAGACGAGUGAAGCAGGGGGUGCACGGUGGCUACGGGACUCCUUUGGAAAUCGUGUCGCGGUGGAGGCAAGGUGGCGAUGCCCGAUUCCCCGAUUAGGAAGUUCCUCAAAUAUGGAAAUAGGUGGCCUUGAGGCAGAUUCUAAUCAACUAUUCGUUGCACAGCAGCCUAUCUUACAAGUCCAAGAUUCCAGGAGCGGGAAAGACGGUGCGAAGGAUUCUGUUUCCAUAAGUGUGGGGUUUCCAGUGGAAGUCGGCCCAUUACAGCCUCAGUCCUCCAGUAUUUCAAACCCGGGUAGCAACAAUGUGGAAGAAGGCCCUGUUUUCUUCUUCCAAUCUAGCCCAUGUACUACAAGCCCAAAAACAAGAGCCUGGAAAAAAGAGGCGCGUGAGCGCAAAUCUGUUCUAUCUCACUUUAAAUCAACUGUCCAGAGGAUGAAGAGGAAAGAUGAUAAAGUGCAGGAAGAUGACCUUGAGUUGGGAGGCUAUGAUAAGCGUAGCAAAGGCGAGGGUGGUGAUGGGCUUGGGAACCCUCGAGCAGUUCGGAGCCUCAUCGAACUGGUGGAGUUGAAGAAGCCUGCAGUAGUGUUCUUGUGUGAGACAUUACUGGAUGGAAGAGGUAUGGAUCAUAUUCGUCAGAGGUUGAGGGUUCACAAUUGUUUUACUGUAGACAAGAUUGGACGUAGUGGAGGCUUGGCUAUGCUGUGGACUUCUGAGGUGUCAUUAUCCUUGUUAUCUUACUCUACCAACCAUAUUGAUAUGGAGGUUGAAGGUAUGGGGGGGUGCAAAUGGCGGCUUACUGGUUAUUAUGGUUGUCCUGAACGACAUCGUAAGAGAAGGUCAUGGGCUUUACUACGUGAAUUGGCUAGUCGUUCUCUUUUGCCUUGGUUAAUCUGUGGGGAUUUUAAUGAUAUCCUACGCCAAGAUGAAAAAGUGGGGGGGGAUGCACAACCAGAAUGGCUCCUUGCGGGGUUUAACGAUGCCAUUGAAGCUUGCAGUCUAACGGAGUUAUGGAUGGUAGAAGGUUCCUUCGCUUGGCAGCGAGGAGAGAUCCGUGAGAAGCUGGACAGGGGGUUGGCAACUACUCGUUGGCAUGAUACCUUCCCUCAUGCUAUAGUCCGAUUACUUCCCCCUUUAGCCUCUAAUCAUAAGCCUUUGUGGAUCAGUAUUGAUGGGCGACGGGACAAGAGAAACCGGCAUCGCAAAAGGUUUAGGUUUGAGGAGAUGUGGCUACGUGAUAAUAGAUGCCAAGAGGUGGUUCAGGCUAGUUGGAAAUCCAUUGAGGGGACAGGUGAUUGGGGUUGUCUAUUGCACAAAAUGAGAGUAUGCUCUAAUGAAUUGCUGCAGUGGAAUCAUGUCCAGUUUGGGCACGUUCAGAAACAUUUAAAGCAGUGCAUGAAGGAGUUCAAGAGGCUCAGUCACCAUCAGGAUCCUACUCUAGCUGCGAGAGAGGAACGUCAUGUGCUUAAUGAACUUGAGGAAUGGCUUGAAAGGGAAAAGAUAAUGUGGAGGCAAUGCUCUCGCGAUAUCUGGAUUCAAGAGGGGGAUAGGAACACCCGUUUUUUCCAUAGAAGAGCUACCAAGCGUAAGGAUUGCAACAGGGUGGAGAAGCUAAUGAAGGAUACGGGAGACUGGACAUCUAGUUUUGGCGAGGUUAAAGUAGUUGUCACAGGGUACUUCGCCCAGCUCUUCACAUCAACAGAUCCUACGAACCUAGCUCUAGUGAUAGAUUGUUUAAAACCUUGUGUGCAAGAUGGGGACAAUUCUUUCCUACUGCAUGAGUUCACUGAGGCGGAGGUUACGAAGGCCCUAUUUCAAAUGCACCCGUCUAAGUCGCCUGGUCCAGAUGGUCUCUCCCCAAUUUUCUUUCAACGCUUUUGGGUCUCAGUGAAGGAUGACAUCAUUCAGCCAUGUUUGCAGUAUUUGAACCAAGGAAUUCCCUUUCCGGAUGAGCUAAAUCUCAGAAAUAUUAUGCUAAUCCCAAAGUGUCAUGAGCCAAAAGCAAUGGGGGAUCUACGACCUAUAAGCCUGUGCAAUGUUGUCUAUCGAGUUCUUGCAAAAGUAUUGAAAAAUAGAUUCAAGCAGGUGUUGCUAGGAGUUAUCUCACAGGAGCAGAGUGCCUUUCUUCCAAAUAGACUCAUUAUAGAUAACUUUUUAAUUGCUUAUGAGGGUGAUCCCUUGUCACCUUAUCUGUUUCUCCUAUGUGCUGAAGGCCUUACAGCAAUGAUAAAGGAUGCAGAAAGGAGAAAGAUGCUGCAUGGUAUUAAGAUAUGUAGACAUGCCUCGCAAAUCUCUCACCUUUUGUUUGCUGAUGAUAGCUUUCUUUCCUUGCGGGCUACUUUGUUUGAAGCUCAGCACUUAAGGGAAAUUCUUUGUAAGUUUGAGGCUGCUUCAGGGCAAGUGGUGAAUUUGCACAAAUCCUCUGUUUCUUUUAGUAGUAACGUGCCGUCUAUCGCACGAGAUUGUGUUACGGGAAUUCUUGGUAUGAAGGAGUUGAGCUCCCCAGGUAGAUAUCUUGGUUUCCCAGCCCAAGUUAGUAGAGCAAAGGCAAGAGCAUUUUCUCACCUGAAGAGUAAGUUCCGAGCCCGUAUUUGUGAUUGGCGAGAGCAACCCCUUUCAAAGGUUGGGAGGGAGGUUCUCAUCAAGUCAGUCUUACAAGCUCUCCCUAUGUACCUCAUGGGCAUGUUUCUUCUUCCUCAGAGUCUUUGUACAGAUCUGGAGAGGAUUAUGAAUAGAUACUGGUGGGGUGGGGGUGACGAUCAUUCUAAGAUCCAUUGGAUGGAAUGGAGAAAGCUUGCAACUCCAAAGAAGAUGGGAGGUUUGGGGUUCCGAGCUCUUCAUGAAUUCAAUUUAGCUAUGCUUGGUAAGCAAGGCUGGCGUUUACUCGUCAACCCGGACUCACUGGUUGCACAAUUGUUGAAGGCUAAAUAUUAUCCCCGAUCGGAUUUCUUGCAUGCGGAGUUGAAGCCCUCCUGUAGCUUUACAUGGCAGAGUAUCUGCUCUGCCACUACUCUUCUCAGACAAGGGUGCAGAAGGUUGAUUGGUGAUGGGCGCUCCAUAGACAUAUGGAAUGAUCCUUGGCUUCCUGGUCACAGCCAGCUUUCUGUUCAGUCACCCCGUCCGCCCGGUUGCGAGCUCCGCUACCUUAUCUUAUCCAUGCCCUUGAGUUGGGUGCGUCAAGAUAAUGGCUGGACAUGGCAGUUUACACGACAUGGCUCUUAUUCCGUCCGCUCGGGUUACCACCGUGCAAUGGCUAUGGGUGGGUCUCAUGCAGGCCCUUCUCCGUCCUCCUCAAGCUUCAGGGGUGGUCUUCUUUGGAAUCUUGAUAUCCCUGAGAAGGUUGGCUUGAUGAUUUGGCAAGUUUAUAGGAAUAUUCUCCCCACAAAAGAUAAUCUAAUGCGUCGCCGAGUUGAGGUUGAUCUUGACUGUCCUAUGUGUGGCAUGGAGCAGGAAUCUGUGUUUCAUUGUUUAGUGGCUUGUGCGGCUAGCCGUGCCGUUUGGAUGGGUUGCCCGCUUAACCUCCGAAUCUCACACUUUACUGGGGAUAAUUUCGCUAGCUUCCUUGACUAUAUGUUGGACCUCUUGCACCAGGAACAACUUGAACUCCUGUGUGUGCUCUGCUGGAAAAUCUGGAGUUCCCGGAAUGAUGCUCUGUGGAAUGAUAGAUCCCCCAACCCGCAGCUUAUUAUCGAACAGAGCUUAAGAUUUUUAGAUGAGUAUCGUAGAGUUAUGGCUUUACGAGGUCGAGGACCCUCGGCGUCUCACCGAAUGGAAACGAGAUGGACCCCUCCAAAUGGAGAUCAUGUGAAGAUAAAUGUUGAUGGGGCAGGGACUGUGUGUGCCGAGAUUGCUGAGGCAUGUUGUUUGCGCAAAGCUUUGCAAUGGGCUUGUGAGCUCUCCUUUGAGAAGGUGAUUAUGGAAUCGGAUUGUGCCAGCUUGGUAACAGCUCUGAACUCUCCCCUUUCUGAUAUAAACUCCAGCUUAGGAACUGUUCUAUCAGAUUGCAAACUGCUUAUGGCCUCUAUUCAUAAUUGGCAUGUCAAAUUCAUCCGCCGCGUGGGUAAUUCAGUGGCUCAUAAGCUGGCACGGCGGGCUCUGCACGUUGAGGAUGAUGAGUACUGGACAGCAGAGGUGCCACCUUUUCUCGCGCAUAUUGUCACAAAGGAAAUGCCUUAAUCUGGAUGUUUUUGUAAAGUUCCUUGAUUUUAAGUGAAAUAAAAUAUGCGC